AUGAGAUCCUAUUUAAUCUUGCUCAUUGCCCUCAUCACCUCUGUCUCUGCCCUGUGGGAUUUCGCAUCGGCUGCGGCCAUUCGUCAACACGCCCAGGAACUCUACGGCCAGCCCAUCAUGGAGAAAAUCAUCCCUGGCAUCGUAAAGCCAGAGAAAGAGCAAAACAGCCAAACAUACGAACCCAUCGUGGCCGACGUCCUCCCCAAGACUCGGGGUAUUAACAUCUUCGCGCGCCUGACUCGCGACUUCGAGCCUAUCUCCUCGCGCCUGAACGACGCAUCCAAGAAUAUCACAGUGCUCGCACCCCGCAAUAGCGCCAUCCAGGCACUGCCACGCAAGCCGUGGGAGAACCCAGAAGAAUAUGCAGAAUUUGGCGAGGUGGAUGCGUAUCAAGGACAGGAUGGCCAGGAUCGCGCCAAGCGGAAUCUGCAGCGGUUUGUAGAGGCUCAUCUUAUUCCGGCUAGUCCGUGGAAGGAGGAUGAGGAGGUGGAGACUCUGGGAGGGGAGAAGUUGAAGUGGACGAAGCAAGGGGAUAAGAUUGUGAUUCAACCUGGGAAUAUUGAAGUCGAUACCGUUGCUGAACAAGUGGUCAACGGGGAAGUCUGGGUUCUGAAUGGGGUGAUCAAUUAUCCAUCCGAGCAGGGAUGGAGUCAUGAGCUAUGA